AUGGCAACUUUUGUGCCGCCCUUGAUUCAGGACAAUGAGGAUGGAUGGGGUCCAUCAGAAAUUCCAGCAAAAUUUAGAGAACUACCUUAUCAACCAUUUUCCAAGGGAGACCGUUUAGGAAAGGUCUCUGAUUGGACAGGAGCAACUUACCAAGACAAACGUUACUUGGGAAAGUAUAAUUCAGCCUUUGGGACUGGAGGUAACCAAUAUGCCUAUUUCCAUGAUGAAGAUGAGAGCACGUUCCAGCUGGUUGAUACAUCCAGAGGCCAGAAACCAAUUUACCAAAGAGGGAGGCGCAUGUUCCAACAGAAUAAACAGCGUAGAGAAAGAGAAAGACGGCAACAACAAGCUGCAGCCAACAUGCAAGUGUUAUCCAAAACGCAGAAGAGUCGUGAAAGAGAUCGACAGAGGCAGUUACGUAAAUGGCAGAAGCAAUUUGGAAAGAGACUGCAAGAAAAUAAACAGAAGGCUCCUGUUAAAAACCGUGAUGCUUCUGUACAAGUGCGUGAAACCUGGCAGGUGGUGGAAGAUAUGGACUUCCCUCGUUUAAGCAAACUCAGCCUUCCUGGUGUUGAUCCUCCUGAAGACCUGUUACUGUGUGGUAAGAUGGAAUUCUAUGACAAGUCUUAUGACCGUGUCACCACCAAAAAUGAAAGGCCACUGAAGAGAAUUAACCGUAUCUUCCAUAAAGUCACCACCACUGAUGACCCUAUUAUUAGACAGCUGACCAAAACACAAGGCAAUGUGUUUGCUACGGACUCCAUCUUGGCUACCCUAAUGUGCUGCACCCGUUCUACGUACAGUUGGGACAUUAUUGUACAACGUGUUGGCAAUAAGCUGUUCUUCGACAAGCGUGAUGAUUCUGAGUUUGACCUUCUUACUGUCAGUGAAACUGCAAAUGAACCUCCCCAAGAAGAAGGAGCAAACAAUAUAAACUUCCCUCGAAACUUGGCCUUAGAAGCUACCUUCAUUAACCACAAUUUCUCCCAGCAAGUUCUUAAAAUGGGAGAAGAGAAACAUGCAUUUGAUAAACCGAAUCCAUUUGCUGGGGAUGAUGAAGAAGCUGUUAUAGCUUCAGUUGGAUAUAGGUACCGUAAAUUUAAUUUGGGAAAUGAUAUUAAUUUGAUUGUCCGAUGUGAGCAUGAUGCUGUAAUGUAUGGACCCAAUGGUGAUUUACAAUUCAUAAACAUCAAAACUCUAAAUGAAUGGGACUCGAGGUACUGUGGUGGAGUUGAUUGGCGCAGCAAACUGGAUAUACAACGAGGUGCUGUCCUUGCUACAGAGUUGAAAAAUAACAGUUGCAAGUUGGCCAAGUGGACAAUCUGCUCCCUUUUAGCUGGAAGUGACCAAAUCAAAUUUGGUUAUGUGUCCCGGGCCCAUUACCGAGAUUCUGCUAAUCAUGUGAUUCUGGGGACCCAGCAGUUUAAGCCAACUGAAUUUGCCAACCAAAUCAAUUUGAGUAUGGACAAUGGCUGGGGAAUUUUGCGUUGUAUUAUUGAUACAUGCAUGAAACUCAAAGAAGGCAAAUAUCUUAUCAUGAAGGAUCCUAAUAAGUCUGUGAUCCUUACCUACUCCCCUCUUUCUCAGGAAACUCUUGCCCUGAAUCUGAAUUUGGACUGA